UUUAAAUAUUCUAAUUUGAAUAAUGAGCGAAGAAACAGCUUAAGUUAAAAAGGGUAAGAAAGCUCCAAAAAAAAAAGCAGAGUCAAAAACAACUUAAAAUUCAGAUCCUCCUGCUGUUACUUAGAUAGAUGAUAAAAAAAAACCAAAACCUUCAAAAAAGGUACAAUAAGCAAGUCCACCAAAAAAAAAGGAUGAAAAAAAAUAACCAGAUAAAAAAGUCAAGCAACCACUAAUUAAAGAAGAUGUGGACUCUUUACUUGAAUAUUUUAAAUCAUCAAACAGACCCUUUACAGUAAACUAUUUAAAAGACACAUUAUUUUUAAAAUUAAGUACACUUCAAAAAAAUAUUGAUACGUUGGUUUCUAAAGGGGAUGUCAUAAUGAAAGAAGUCGGCUCAACUAAAGUAUUUUUAAUUAAUCAAGCUUUGAUGCCUACAGUAAAUUAAUAAGAUUUAGAGUUGCUUGGAAGUGAACUAGAAUAAAAAACAGAAGAAUACAAGCAAAUUGCAUAAUAAAAUGCCAAACUUAAUGAACAACUUAAAAAUUUAUCAAAAAUACCAACCAUCUAAGAGUUGGUUGAUAUGAAAAAUGAAUUGAAAUCUAAGAUUGAUGAAAUUGAAAACAAAUUAUUAUUGUAUGAAGAUAAAAAUUAUAAAAUGGCAACUACAGAGGAAACUUAAGAAGUAGAAAAUGAGUACUAAAAUAUGAUGAAUAUUUGUAAGAAGAGAAAAAAUAUCUACCAUGAAGCCAUUGGAUCAUUGCUUUCAGAAAGCGAUUUGACAAUACCAUAAUUUGAAAAAAUAGUUGGUAUUUUUAGGGAUUGA